CCAACAGAAAAUCUGUUGAAAGAAAGCAAAGGUGCAUCCUGGAGUCCCAUAAACACAGGAGUGCAAAAAGGUAAGAAAAUGUUUAAAUUUGUAUUUAUUUUAUGCAUCCCAACCCAGUAAGUAUUAUAGGCAUUCCGAGCAUUUUUAUUAAUGAAUAUAAGCUUUACCUUUUACAUUUUUUUAUAAUCUUCAGUCCAUAGAAUCACUGCCAUUGAUUUGAUUAGAGAUAAUUAAUCAGCUGAAAGAAAAUGAUAACACGUUCUACAUGGAACUCCCAAUGAACCCUUUUUUCUGAGUGCACAAUAAAUACGUCAUUGUGUUGUUUGUGAACUAGGCAUCCUUUUUAGACAAAUAUUUUUCUUUCGUGCUUUUGUAAUUGCAAGACAUAUAGACAUUGAUGAAAUUUAACCAAAUUGUUGUCCAACUACUGAUAGGUUAUCGACAUGUUUAUUCUAUGCGUAAUUGGCCAUUUAUUUUGGAAAUGAAGUUAAAUACAUUUUUCAAAUAUUCUAUCAAAUAAUUAAUGCUUAUUUUCCCGUAUUGUCCCCGUCACAAAUGUAUAUUAUUAUGUGUUAUUUUGAAAAGGCAGUGGACAGAUUCAGCUAUGGCAGUUUCUCCUCGAACUCCUGUCAGACAGCGCCAACAUGUCUUGCAUCGCCUGGGAAGGGACGAAUGGAGAAUUCAAGCUAAUUGAACCAGAUGAGGUGGCCCGGCGAUGGGGCGAGCGCAAAAGCAAGCCCAACAUGAACUACGACAAACUCAGCCGCGCAUUGCGCUACUACUACGACAAAAACAUCAUGACAAAGGUCCAUGGGAAGCGAUAUGCUUACAAGUUCGACUUUCACGGGUUGGCUCAGGUUUGUCAACCUUCGACAACCGAGCAAGCUCUUUAUAAAUUCCAGAGUAAUUUUGCCCCCAUUCCCUUUUCAGGGAUUUCAAAGCUAAACCUGGUUGGUCCAGGCGUCGGUUCGUCUGGAUUCUCGUAUUGGCCGGGGUCGACACCGACUCUCUACCACAGUCACAACCUCCAACCCCCGGGACCGUUUGGUUCUGUGUCUGCCUCGCACAUCAGCUGUGUCAACAACAUCAACAACCUGAAUAAUAUCAAUAACCACUACAAU